AGAACCACCUCAGGGUUCGCGCCAAAGGAAAGUCCCGAAAUACUUGAGCCUUCGUGUUUAUUCAACCCUAGCCCCAAAUCGACGUGAAAUCUACCGUUUUCCGUCGUUGAGUGUGUAAUCAAUGAGUUCUUCACUGUCGACGCCUUCGAAAUCGUAUCUGAAGAGAGCAGUUCAAUCUUUCCAGAGCCCUAAUCCGCUAAGCUCGCUAAAGACCCCAGACAAGCAACCGGCACCGCUCACUCGCCGUGGUCGGAAUCAUGGCGUUGCGCUCUCCAUUAAGGAGAUCCGUCAGAUCGCUCAAACACGGGCCCAGCAAAAUCCAACGGACCAAAUCAAACCAGUACGGAGGCAGAUCGCUUCGUGGUCUGAUGAGACACUUUCUGACGUUAAACCUGAGAGGACCAUCGACGAGUCAGCCAAACUACCAUUAAAGUAUGAGAUGUUGGGUGAGUUUUUUGAUUGCUUGGAUAGUUCUAUCCGUUUGCUAAGGUUGAAAGGCUCGACUACCAUUUUCACCAAUAUUUGCCCCAAAAUUGAGUGUUUGACUGAUAGGAGGUUUUCACACGGUCACUUGGCUCAAUUGAAGUAUAUUUUACCAGAGGCAAUUGAGAUAAAGAGAGUGCCCAAGUUUGAUGAGCAGACCAGUCGUAUGAAACCGGAUCUCCAUGUAUCAGUAAAUGUUGAUGCAAUGGAGUUUGAUGAGAAGUUGAAGGAGAGUAGAAAUUUAGAAUUGAGGAAGAUCUUCCAUGGCAGGCUCUUCGAUUUCUAUGAAGCCCAUCCUGAGGGGAAUGAUAUUCCACAGGCAACAUUGCCAGAGCCCUUCAAUUGGUCAAAGAAAGUUCUGAAUUCAGAUAUUAGUACAGCCCGCACCUUAUCAUUAUCCAUGGAGACAUCGAGAUCACCUAAUGAACUUACCGACCCAGGGUCAGCAUCAUCUGUUGUCACAUCAACUGAAGCACCAGAAAUUCAGCAAUCAGCUGUGGCAUCUCAUCUAUCUCGUUCUUUCCGAAGGCACUUUUCUCAGAAGGUUUCGAAGAACGAUACAGAGAAAACUGGCUGGAAGUCAUCAACUGUUUCAAUCCCAAAUCCAGUUUCGCUUGUGCAAGAGCCAUGCUUCAGCAAAAUGUCCUCUAGCAUUGAAGUCAACGAGUCGGGUGCUACAUCCCCAGCUAAUAUUUUGUCCAAGUCUACUGGCAGUGGGAUACCUUCUGAAGUCUUUGCUUCUCCAGCUUGCUUGCCUUCAUCCUCUGAGUCUGCUACUCCAAAAAAGGCAAUAGACUUAAAAACGAGUGAAGGCUGUAUUGCCAAAGUAGAUGACAUCCAAUCAACUCCUGCAAAAUUUGCAGCUACGCCUGUUAGGCUGAUGACAGCCACUCCCACUUUGCAGCCGCCUAAGAGAUGCUAUAUGAGCCCUGAUGAUGAUUCUAUAUGCUUACAAGACAAACUAGUUAGGCGGCCAUCCCGUACGAGGUCAUUAAAAUUUGACACUCCUGUGAAGAAUGAGAAGCUUGAGGAUCAAAUAAAUGACAUUGAGGGCAUUUCGGUUGUUGAUAAUAUUCAUCAUAUUCUUCCUGAAAGACUUUUGCAAUUGAUAAGAGAAAAAGAGAGGAAUGUUACAGAGGAGAGGGAUCCAGCAAUCUCACAAGCAAAGAGGCGGCGACAAAUGAUUGCCUGCCUGCCUAAGCUCUUCAACAUGAUUCACUUCUUAUUUCAAUCAAUUGGACGAUCUGUAAUCACAAAAGAGGAGCUUAUACACAAAAUAAUUGCAAGCCCUUGUGAUAUUAUCGAUAGACGAGAGGUUGAGGAGCAACUGAAAUUGUUGCUGGAACUAGCACCUGAAUGGAUCAGUGAAAAGUUGGCUUCCAGUGGGGAUUUACUUGUUCGCAUCGAUAAAAUUUCAAAUCCUGAGUUGAUAUGCACAAGGCUUGAAGAGGCAAAAUGACAAGGAUGCUAAGUUUUUAUUGGGAUUACCCUGAUAUUCACUCUUGGGGAAAGUUCAUGGUUCUUCCCUUUCAUUUAUGGUAUGUAACAUUUUUUUUAGUUUAUCCUAGCCAAUCUGUAUAUAAAUGUAAAGUUAGGAAUGCUUAAACAAAAUGUGAAGUCCAGAACUUGCUUAGCUAGAAUCCCAGUAGAUGUUGUGGCUCUUAACCUAUUAGCAAGAUGAUUUGAAAGGUAGGAAUAUGUUUUGUAAAACUUUCCAGUCUUCUUAAUAUAUGGAAAAAAUUUCUGAUUAAA